UUUUUUCUCAAUACCUCCGCCCCAAAGUAGUCUUCUAAAACAGUAGACAAAAAGCCCUAAACCAAUUAGCAGCGGAGGAGGAAAGAAAAUCGGAAUUAAUUUGCAGGAUUUUAUUUUAUUGCCGGAAAAUCUCAGUAUCAAUUGCAGAAAAUUAUGUUUGCGCGAUUAAAAUCGGCUGAAAUCUGGUAUUUUUAGGGUUCCUUUUUCUUUUUGGUGUGUCUACUGUGCAUGAUCCGUUAUCCAAGGUCAGUCUUUCGUCGGCCUCAUUAUCUCAGAUUAUCUUAUUUUCAGAUUCUCUGAAGCUCCUUUCUGAAGAAAAAAGGGGAAUUAAUUGUUGGAUUUAACGUCUGAUGUGUGGGGAGGAUUUGUAGUUAUUCAGGGAUUUUGUAUAGUUUUUUUUGUAUUUGGUGUCGGAGGGUUUUUGCUAUGCGAUUAUCGCGGUCGGACUCAGUUGUGAAGAGAAGGAAAGAUCAGAAGCUCAGGAAUAAGUUUAAGGGGAAGAAGAAGCACAAGAAAUUAGAUGCUAUUUAUGAAAAAGGUUACAAUAAGAGCCAUAGAGGGGUCCCAAAGGUUGAGUCAAGUGAGUUUAAUAAUGAACAGAAUGAACUUGAACUCCGGAGGAGCAGUAGGGCUCGUAAAGCGCCUAUGCUGCUCGAUUCAUCACCUCUUCCACCUAAAAAGCGAAGGAAGGUUGAUAAUUGUGUGGCUAGUAGUGUUGAGAAAGUUAAGAGAGUAGAUAGGAGGCAAUGUGAAACGCCAUGCUCAAGUUCAAGUGAUGGGGAAAGUGAUGGUUGGAGGUCAAGGUUGAGAUCUAGGCAAAAGAGUAGAGGUUUUUCUGGGAGGGUGAGGGAGGAUUUGCCACUGAAGGGUAAAAGAAAGCUGUUUCAGGAUCUUGAUCGGUUACGGGAUGAACAGGAACCUCAGUUUUAUAAGAAGAAAGAGCACCUGAUGGGUGAGAAAUCAACGGUUGUUAAAUCAAAGAGGCCGGGAAGAAUUAAAGCAUCGAAUGUUUUGGAAAAUGACAACCAGGAGGUUGAUUUGGAAAGUGGGUCGGAGGAUGGGAAACAAAAGAACAAAGACGAGAUUUUAGAAGUGAUAGAUGAGGCAGAAGGGUCAUCUUUGGAGAAUAAGUUGGAGUGCACUAAUGAAAUUGAAGUAGAUUGCAAUAUGGCUUCACAGUUAGCUGAGGGAGAGGAGACUGCAAUUGAAAAGAUGAGAUUAGAAGAAUGCAACAGUAAUGGGAAUGUUGAAACAAGGGAAGAGCAAGUGGAGCAGGAAAAAUUAGCAUGUGAUAUUGUACCCGACCUAGUAAAUGUUGCUGAGUUUGAUUGUGGCUCAGCUGACCAAACAAAAGAUGAAGGGCAUCCUGGAAAGCCUCUUGAAGAUGACGAGACAAUGGACGAGCAAGUGGAGCUGGAAGAAUUAGCAUGUGAUAUUGUACCUGACCGAGUAAAUGCUGCCGGGUUUGAUUGUGGCAUAGCUGACCAAACAAAAGAGGAUGGACAUCCUGAAAAGCCACUUGAAGAUGAUAUUGAUAUUAAACCACAAGGCCAAUACAAACCUUCAGCUGUUACUGACAGAAAACCAAGAAUAAAACUUGGAAGGCGUUGUGGUUUAUGUGGGGGUGGUACGGAUGGCAAGCCUCCAAAAAUACUUCUACUGGAAGGUGGCGGCAGUGAUAAUGAGGCAUAUAGUGGAUCAUCUGCUUCAGAGGAACCUAAUUAUGAUGUUUGUGAUGGAUUUGGUGAUCAAUCUGGAUGGCUUGGACGACUCCUUGGUCCUAUUAAUGACAGAUUUGGUAUAGCUGGAAUUUGGGUUCAUCAGCAAUGUGCUGUAUGGAGUCCAGAGGUUUAUUUCGCUGGACUUGGAUGCUUGAAAAAUGUGAGGGCUGCACUUUACAGAGGAAAGGUACUCAAAUGUAGCCGCUGUAGGAGACCUGGAGCAACCAUAGGGUGUCGUGUUGAUAGAUGUCCCAAAACUUACCACCUACCAUGUGCACGAGCCAAAAAUUGCAUCUUUGAUCAUCGUAAAUUUCUCAUAGCCUGCACUGAUCAUCGCCAUCUAUUUCAACCAUAUGGAAUACAUAAUGCACAGAGAAUGAAGAAACUGAAGGCCAAGAAGCUGAAGUUUGAUAUGCGGAAGAUGGCCAAUGAUUCGUAUCGUAAGGAUAUUGAAGCUGAAGAAAAAUGGUUAGAGAACUGUGGGGAGGAUGAAGAAUUCCUAAAGCGUGAGAGCAAGAGGCUUCAAAGGGAUUUGUGGAGAAUAGCACCUACAUAUAUUGGAGGUGCAAACUCUGAGCAAGGUAGACAAUUUGCAGGCUGGGAAUCUGUUGCUGGGUUGCAAGAUGUGAUUCAAUGCAUGAAAGAGGUUGUUAUUUUACCGCUCUUGUACCCUGAAUUUUUCAAUAAUCUAGGACUUACACCUCCUAGGGGAGUUCUGUUGCAUGGAUAUCCUGGAACUGGUAAAACAUUAGUUGUGCGUGCACUAGUUGGUUGUUGUGCUCGUGGUGACAGGAGGAUAGCAUACUUUGCACGCAAAGGGGCAGAUUGUCUUGGAAAAUAUGUUGGUGAUGCUGAGCGCCAGCUAAGACUUUUGUUUCAAGUGGCUGAGAAAUCUCAACCUUCUAUAAUUUUCUUUGAUGAGAUAGAUGGUUUAGCACCUUGUCGUACUAAGCAGCAAGAUCAAACACAUAAUUCAGUUGUGUCCACAUUGCUUGCUUUGAUGGAUGGCCUAAAAUCUCGAGGUUCAGUUAUUGUAAUUGGAGCAACUAAUCGUCCUGAUUCAGUUGAUCCAGCUUUAAGAAGGCCUGGGAGAUUUGACCGGGAAAUUUAUUUUCCACUGCCUUCUUCCAAGGAUAGAGAAGCAAUUCUCUCAUUGCACACUCAGAAGUGGCCCAAACCAAUAGCUGGAUCCUUGUUGAAGUGGGUGGCAAAGAAAACUGUAGGAUUUGCAGGUGCUGAUCUGCAGGCUCUCUGUACUCAAGCAGCUAUAUUUGGUCUAAGAAGGAGCUUCCCUUUGCAAAAAGUUCUAGCUGCAGCUGGAACUAAUAGCCCUGGCAGAAGAUGCCCUGCUAUUCCCAAUUUUGCUGUGGACGAGAGAGAUUGGUUAAAGGCUCUUUCAUGUGCACCGCCUCCAUGUUCUCGAAGAGAAAGUGCAAUUGCUUUGAAUGAUGUGGUUUCUUCACCUCUUAAAUCUCAUCUUCUUCCAUGCCUUCUCCUGUCUCUGACAAGGCUUCUGGUUUGCCUGUGUCUGGAUGAGCGUGUCUGGUUGCCAUCUAACCUUAAAAAGGCUUGCAAAUUGAUUAAAAAUGUAAUUGUUUCUGUCUUAGAUGACCGGCAAGUGCAGAGUGAUAAUUGGUGGUUACAUGUUGAUGGUUUGCUUCAGGAUUUGGAUGUUAGAAAUGAGAUUGAGAAGAACCUUUUGCUUGCAAACCUUGUUGUUGGAGAGAGUAACUUAUGCAGUUCUGAUGUGGCAGAUGAAGAUACUGAUGAACAUUCAGGAAUAUUCCCAUCCAAAUCUCUGCAAAUGGGUGCUCGCACUACGUUGUCUCAAAAUAUGUCUUGUGUGCCCUCUAGUAAUGCAGGAUUUCAAGUUUUGAUUUGUGGGAAUCCUAGAUCCGGCCAAAGGCAUCUUGCUUCAUGUCUUCUCCACUGUUUUGUUGGCAAUGUUGAUGUAUGGAAACUUGAUUUGGCUAGUAUCUCCCAUGAAGGACAUGGAGACAUGGUUCAUGGGCUAACACGUAUACUGAUGAGAUCUGCUGGGGGACAUGUUAGCAUGCUUUAUAUGCCAAUGAUCGAUUUAUGGGCUAUUGAGACAUAUGAUGAAGCCUCAGAAGAUGAUUGUGAAACAUCUAAGGUUGCCAUGGAAUAUGAGUUCUGCCCAAGUGCUCAUGUAGAGGGUAUCAAGUCUCAAACUUCUGUGAGGAAGGCCUCAUACCUCUGGACCUCUUUCGUCGAGCAGGUGGAGUCUAUACGUGUAAAUAGCUCCUUGAUAAUACUUGCUACAGCAGAAGUACCAUUUUCUUUGCUUCCUGACAGAGUAAGGCUUUUCUUUGGGAAUGAGAUAUUGAAUUGCAGCCAAUUGAGUCCAUUGGGGCAUAAGGUGCCACAGUUCUCUGUGCAGCUUGAUGGGAAAUUUGACCAUGAUAAGGUGAUUAACUCUUUUGCUGCUGAGUUGACCAAGGAUUUGGUGCAGUAUUUUAUUCAGUCACAUCAUGGUGAAAAUCAUGUACACAUAAACCCAGUUGAGGUGACAGCUUAUCCCACGGUCGAUGGUGAUAACAGUCGAGUUUGUCAUAGUAAACCUUCCCAUGUGAGUCCCUUCACUCCAGGUGGUUUGACAAAUAAAACUUUGAAAGGAAAAUCAAGCUUGCAGUUGGCAAUAUCUACAUUUGGCUAUCAGAUUCUUUAUUAUCCUCAUUUUGCUGAACUUUGUUGGUAUACAUCCAAGUUGAAAGAAGGUCCUUGUGCCAAUGCCAGUGGACCCUGGAAAGGCUGGCCCUUCAACACUUGUAUUGUUCGUCCUUUCAACUCAAAGGAGGAUGUUACUGCUGCUUCUAGUUCCAGCAAUGUCAAGAGCAAAGAGUAUGGUUCCGUUAGAGGAUUAGUUGCUGUAGGGUUAUCAGCAUAUAGAGGUGAAUACAAUUCACUAAGGGAAGUUUGCUCUGGGGUUCGGAAGGUUUUGGAGGCUCUAGUUGGAAUAAUUGAUGAUAAAAUUCAAGCUGGGAAAGACAGAACCCAGUUCAUUCGUCUUCUAUCACAAGUGGCUUAUCUUGAGGACAUGGUUAGCAGUUGGGCUCACGCGCUACAUAGUCUAGAGGUGGAUGCUCAUAUUCCGGAGGCAAAAGCCAAUGUUUUUCUGGGACCAUCUGAAGGUGAUGGCUGCAAGAUAGGUGAUCCGAAAGCAAAUGUACACGGUUCUGAAGACUCUGAGAAAGGCUCCCAGGAAGUUAGUCCCACAGACGUUGGACAUUCUAAUCCAACUGAUUUUGGCAAUGAAUGUGCAGAUGCAGGUGAUGAAGUUGCUGUUACUGUUCAAGAGCCUUCCCAUAUGGUUGUCCCAGAUGAUACUUGCUCUCGUAAAUGCAUCUUAGAGCCAACCGAAGUUAACUUACAGUCUUCUAAGUCUGAAGUCUUAGCACCGAAUGGAGUUAACUUAGAGUCUUCUAAGACAGAAAUUGCUGGAGAUCAUGCAGAACUUGAACACGUUCCAUCUAUCAAACUUUCCAAUGGUUUCAUGGAGAGUAGUUUGAAAUUUCAUGCAGAUGGUCCCUCCGGUUCAGUUGAUAAGCAGCAUUCUACUCUUGCAGGAAUGGGCAACCAGCCGAAUUGUCUCCCAACUGAUAAUUGCAUCUUGUCCAAAGAUACCAGUGAAAACUCAGGUCAAAGUAAUAUCAACGUUAACUAUUCACUGGGGCCUAAAAGUUGUAGAAGUGGUUCGCUUGCUAUAUGCGUUUACCAGUGUUGUCUGGAGUGCUUUGUCACCCUAAAUAACUUAUUGCUGGGGGUUAUCAACGUUGAAUGGAAAAGUAAAGGAAGUCAAUCAGCCGUAGAGGAUGUUCAUGAUUUUGUUGCCUCUUUAUCUGCAAAUCUUCAUUUAUCACUAAGUAAAUUGUGCCAAGGUGAAAUCUCUUGUGGCAUGAGUGGGGAAGAAGGUGGUCCAUGUAGAAUACACUGUAUGUGUCGAAAAUCUCAGACUGCAGACGUGCCAGAUCUGAACAAGUCAGACGAAUUCUCGAUGAAGAAUUGUGAUGGUCACGCAACGGGCAGGGAGGAAACGAUUUCACAGGCGCUCAAUUGUAGAUUUGUUUUCAAGGAUGGAGUGCUGGCUAAUUUAGACACAGGUACUGAUGUUUCUUAUCAUUGUAAAUAUGAGAAAUUAUGCCUUUGUUUUCUUAUAGAGUGGUUGGUAACAAGCAAUGGUUCACAUUGACAUCAUCAUAUUAUAGCUUCAGCAGUUGUUGCUUCCGCAAAUUUUGAUGCACUUGCGGAAUAUAUAAUUGUGGUGGAAACUACACAUCAUGUAAACGCAACGCUCAAAUUUUGUUUUCCGGCCCUAUUGCUUCCAUAGUUGAAAUUAUUGAUUUAUUUACUUGAAA